AUGUCCGCCCAAGACGAAUUCAAUCAGUUGGUGAACAAUAACCGCCACCAAUUCUCUUCCCACCCCGAAGAUCACCAGUAUCACGACCGCUCCUCCAGCCCUGACUUCUCCGACUCCUCCCAACCCCGCAAUCUGCGCCAGCGCCGUGUCCUCGACUCCGAAGACGAGGACGAGAACCCGGACGACAUGAUCUCCUCUCGCUCCAAUUACCAAAUCCCCAAUACUGUCUUCGACGCCAAUACAGGCCCCAAGGGUGUCAUUGCCGAUGCCCAGGCCUUCGAGCGGGCCCGCAAGAAGUCCUUCCGGAGAACCCUGCUCAACGCCGCCGGUUUCAACGGCAAUGACCCCUUCGGCAAAACACGCGAUGACACACCGAUCAAGCCAAAUGACAGCUCGUCCGGCAGUGAGGAUGACGAGGAACGAUUCAUGCGCAAGUGGCGUGUCUCGCGAAUGCAGGAACUGCAAAGCCGCGGUAUGCGGCGCCCCUCACCUCGGGGCCGCAGAUGGGGUGCCGUGGAGACCGUCGAUGCUGCGGGGUACCUCGAUGCCAUUGAGAAGGUGACGCCGGACACCGUGGUAGUGGUUUGCAUCUACGACCCGUCGUCUGAUGACAGUGCCAUUGUCGAGGAAUGUCUUGUCACCAUUGCUGCUCGUCAACCCAACAUCCACUUCGUCAAGCUGCACCAAGAGAUUGCCGAGAUGGAUCACAUUAAAGCUCCUGCUUUGCUGGCAUACCGCAAUGGCGACGUCUUCACCACCAUUGUCGACAUCAUUCGCAACAUCCCCAAGGGCCGCAGCUGCAGUGCCGAUAGCCUGGAGGACCUGUUGAAGCUAAACCACGUUCUCUAA